UGAAGUUUCGACGCCGGUGAAAUACUCCGUGCGGGACGUGACAACCAGCCCGAAUUGACGAACACCGAUGUUAGUCGGUAUUACUAACUAGCUCCGGUAACUAUCUGAGUGUUAUCAAGCUGAGUGCGCGUUUUAGAAGCAGCCUCACAGAAUGGAUCACGUUUAUUCUGUGUUGAAGCGGUUUCCCAGCUCCGUACCUUCAAGCACAGAAUGGCUCACGGAAAGCAAGACUGUCUGCUCUGUGUCCAGUCACAACACGCUUGCGUUCACCUCGUCGUCAGACGUUCAGGAACCCGUCGGGAAAAUCACCUGCUUUCAUGUGUUUGUUGUGGACCUCAACAUGCCAUGGGAAGCGCACAAAGUAAUGACGCACUCCGAAGAAAUUACGUGUGUUGAAUGGGACGUUGGUGCUUCCAAGCUGCUGAUUACUGACGCUGUCGGGCAAAUUCAGCUGUGGUCCAUGAAGAGUUAUUUGUUAAAUGACUGGACCAUGAUCGCUUCUACGUCGUUUCCUGGCGAGUACAUUCUGACGGGCGCCUGGUUUCACAAUGGAAAAAAGAUUGGAUUGAACAUGGAGAAGAAAGACAGUGUACAGUAUUUGGAGAAGUAUGUACAUGUGCGAUUUGGCCCCUCAGUACGUCAGGUUGGUGGGAAGCCAAGUGAGGGCUGCAUUGCUGUGACCAGCUCUGGUUUGGUGUGUGUGGUGAUAUUGCAGUCUGAUGAAACAGUCAUCACUGGCACUGAGAUUUUGGGUCUGUACAGAAGCCGGCUCAAAGUCGUUGAUCUCUGUUAUGGAAAGAACGGUGAUUUUCUGGUUGUGACCAGUGAUGGACUUGUACAGUCAUGUCAUUGCUUUCGCAUAGCACUGAAACUGAGUCAGGAUAAGUGCAUCAUCACCUGCCACCCCUUUUCAAGCUUUUAUCUCAAAUGUCAUGCCACGGCCCAGUCCCGUGAAAAGCCUCCUCAUACGCGUGUGACACACCUCAAUUUUGUCCUACGAGAAGCAGCUGAUGCUGUGGCUGUUUCAGUCUCAGGUUCUGCUGGUAGCACUAUUGAGCUCUGGGAGCUGCGAGAGAAGCCUGUGCGGUUCCACAAGAUGUUCCACACACCUGCUGUCGACACUGUUACUAAGACUGUAGGCUGGCAACACCACGAAUCGGCGACGUACACAUCUCCGGUCAUGGCACUGUGUACACCCCGUCUCUCCAUUUACGACAUGAGCCCGCCUCCUUCGUACAUCAUUGCAGCGUACAAAGAUAACGUCAUCAAGUGCUUUUCCAGGGAUCUCAUGAACACCCUGUGCUGCAUCAACAUCAAUGCUGCAUCUCAUCGACGUGACGACCAUGGCAUCAAGUACCAGCAUCUGAACGCCACAGUGUCUCACAUGCAACUCAGCUGGACGAGCAGUGUGAUGGUGGCCAUCGACUCUCUCUCGCAGAUCUACCUCUUCAGGCUGGCGCCAGUUACAGAGCCCAGCACUCCGGUCAGCCCCAGCUACACAAUGACCCUCCUGGAGCACUGUCUCAUGACCGGCACUGACUGGUGGGACGUCCUCCUCAGCAUGAGACCAGGAGUGAUAGAAACUAUUUGUGACAAGUUCACUGAAAUUUUCAACAAGCAGCCACCUGGAAUGCAGCAGUGCUUUCUUAGUAGAUUUCUAUCUAUCAAGGGAUCCCUGUACAGGUGCCUGAACAAUGGUCAGCAUAAGGCUGGGGAUUGCCACGCCCAAAUCAUGCUGAAUGCUCUGUCGGCGGUCAUGAAGGGCCUGCUUAGACCAAGAGACAUGUCUAGCCAUGAAAAGGGUCCUGCUGAAACACUUUCUGCUGUUAUGGGCAGCCGGGAAGUGAUCAGCAAUCUGGACAAGGUGCUGCUUCACCUCGAGACCAAGGAGUUCUCGGUGGAGCCCCUGAUCCUUCAGUCGCUGCAGCAGCUCACCCAGUGGGUCGCUGACCUCACGCUGUAUCUCAUGGCCUCUCUGCCGCAGCAGGUCUACAACAACAUGCGUUUCCCAGGGGGUGGCCUCAUCUCGGAUGCCAAGUCCUUGAACAUGCUUCGUGAGCUCUUGGUCAUUUUUCGCAUGUGGGGAUUCAUCAGCGAGAGCUGUCUGCCCUCCUACACCAAGAUGACAGACAACCUGGAUGUGCUCUCUCUCUUAUUUAAGCUUUUAACAAAGACUCUGCUCAACCAUGGCUCGGAACCUGAUGAGACUCUUUUGGAUGAGUGUUGCCUUUUACCAAGUCAGAUACUAAUACCCUCCAUUGAUCUUGGAAACCACACUGAAGGUGUGGCCAGUCCUGCAUUCUUUCUCAACUCAUUGCCUAUGCAGUUCGAAUUUGGUAUAACUCCAGACUUUCUACAUGUGUCUUCCAAGUCUCACCCUGUGGAAGGAUCUGUGUGCAUGCCGAGCAAGAUGGACAUUGUGCGGCAUAUUAGCCUUGGAACGAACCCGUCUUCAGCGAGGCACUGUACUAGGUGCUUCUCCACAUCAAUGGUCCGGCCUGGAGUGAAGGCAGGCACUAUCCGAGCCUGGGAACAGCGAUGGGUGCGGUUUUGUCCCUGUGGAGGCCAGUGGAGGCUUGUUGCAUAGCCAAGGGCCAUUCAUCUAUUGUACAUACAUUCACUCACUGUAAAUGAAAAUGCAUCCUACUGUAUAUAUAUUCUGCUUGUUUCUUGUUGAAUUUGAUUUACUGGGCUUAGCCAGCAAUCAUAGAUGUCAAACAUUGUACAGGGUUGCCCACAUUUAAGGUGAAUACCUCGUUAGUAUUUAAGCCUGUAGAACUGAAACUUUUGUUCUAUUUCAUGAAAGAAGUGUGCAUUAUAUGACAUUAGAGAGUUUUCGAGUAGGGGCUCCAAAAGUUUCGGGUCCCAAAGAAAAUAGCGUCGAAGCCACUGCGCAUGCGCGAAACCCAAACCAUGUUUGGGUUUUGCAUUAGGGAUGCUAUUUCUCGAAUUUAGCGGGAGCCCCAAAGCAUGCCCUGACAGUUUUGCGUAAGACAAAUGUGAUGGCACCCACUAAAGUGAUCGCUGUCGGCCAGUAUGGAGGGACGCAGAGGUGGGUGAGUGUUCAAAGCGCCACAGACUCUAUACGAAAAAUCUUCACUCCUGCUUGACCCAAAGGGUGCAUACUCAAAAACCUUUGGAGCCCCCAACUUUUGGGGCCCCUAUCUGAAAACUUCCUAUUUAAUCACAGUGUCGAUUAAAAAAAGAAAAAUGCCAAAGUUUGCACUAAGCCACAGAAGGCUUAACCAGCAAAACAGAAUGAUUCUGAAAACCAAUCUUGUUGCUUCUAGGUUGUUUCCAAGCCUUAGCUAGGUGCUGCAGGUUGUUUCUCGGUUGCUUCUAGGUUGUGGGGAUAGGUUUGCUGAAGCAUCUUACCCUAUGAAUCGACUGGCGAAGGACGCGACGCUCUCCACUGCCGACGCACACGACGCUACGGCUGGGUUCGUCGAUUCCCCGACAUGACACAGAGAAGGCACACGAGGUGGGUCGUCAACAAACUUGGUUUAUAUUAACAAAAGAUAUGGCACAAUGCGACAAUCACAGACUUGCGGACUGCCAGAGAAACUCUGCAAGGUCGACUGUGAGUGUUCUUGCCGGCAGGUGCAACAGCUAUUACACUAAGGGCAGCAGUCGAGAGCACGUACACGAAGCUGCCUGCUAAAGCAGCGCGUCUAUGUCUCGUGCAGGCCUCUGAUUACAGCUGAACCCCUUUAUAAGAGGCAUGCUCUGGGCAGCAGUUCUUGUCUUUUACAUGAGAUGUCUCUUAUAAGCUGGGUACCAGGUAUGCAUUUUCCUAUUAACCCGUAGUUUACUGUAGGCACACUGGUGCCUGAUACCCAUUUGUCUUUCAUAUCAGCGUCUCUUAUAAAGGGGAUCUCCCAAAGCUCGAGCAUGCCAGCCACAAGCAAGCUAACAGGAAAGAGGCUGCUAUGGGGGACAGCCAAUCAGGACCUGUGCAGCACCGUGAUGAGUGCUGGCGCGACUGCAGAGGGAGGCAUUGUCCAGGAAUUUUCAGACACGUAUCUCCGUGGAGGGAAAAUCAACGCACGGCUUGCUAUAUGGAAAGGCCUGGCAACGAAACCACGGCAACCAUGUUCCCAGCGCUUGACUCGCACAGGGCAAGCACUCGCGCUAGCUGGGAAACAAGGUGCCAAAGGGAAGGGCACAUUCGUCUACCGCAAGGUCCUUUGCUAGGUUUUAGCGAGGUUAUACUAGGUUUCUUUCCCAUUUAUUCUCACUGCAGAGAGGUUUCAGUGACACGCCAGUCACAGACACAACACGGAUAUCCAAACUUUAAAGACAGAAACUUGCGCAGAAUCCAAGCAUUAGCACCUCUCAUAGAUCUACGGACAUGUUUUUGUCGGCGUAGGCGUUCCAUUGCCUUGGGUUCUUCUCACAGCCACCGUUGCCUUUCCCAUUACUAGUACAUCCUCGCACGUACUUGGGCGUUUUUGGCUUGCCGCCAUCACUUCGGAGCCAUUUCUUGGGCUAAAUGUUGGCUUCAAUUUUAGUGAAUUCUCGAGCAGAUGCUCCCCAACAGCGAAAGGUAAUAGAUUUUAAGGCAGGGGCAGCAGAAGGGCUGAUAAGAAUAGAUAAUGCACACCCGUGUUUUUAAUAAAAUGUUGCAUUGAAUACACUUGCAUACACCGUUUGUAUUUACCCUUGCCGAGCGAAUAGAAGCAGUCAGUGAAAGUUAAACAGCAUGAAGAGAGGGGGGCAUCACUUGCUCAUGAUUUUACGGUGCUAAGUUCUAUGGCACAUACCAAUUUACGAUAGAUUUCUGGUAGGCCAUACAAUGGCAAAUACUCAUGAUGAUAUGUUUUUGUGAUCAAUUCACAAGAAACAAUUUGGUAAACAGAUUGCAAGUUACCCAGUACGCCAUAAAUCAAUUUUUGUGAAGCAGUGAAGCACUCCCGAUGCCAUUCGUAUUUGUCAUUCUGCGAAGAAACGAGGUACUCACUAAACCUCUGUCAGUGAUUAUGUGCACUUGGUUGAUGCUAAAAUAACUGCUUAAACCUAAAGGCUGCUUACUAAUAGUGUGCAUACUUAUUUGGGAAGGCUUGCUUAUAGGGCAAGUAUAGGUAAUAAAUAGUGCUGUGCACCGCCCCAGUGUGUUGUGUUGCUAAAGUUGUAGUUAUGAGUUUGAUUCAUGGCCCACACUAUCGCCAAGGCCGCAUUUUUUGAAGUGGUGUUAUUUGCAGUAACACCUGUGUACUUGGAUGUAGGCAACUAUGAUGUUCCUCAUGAUCAUAGGGCAGGUUAGGCAUGUAAAACUUCACCAAUCAUCAUUAGUGCACCGUCUCCAUCCACUACUGUUGGUAUAUUUUAUAACGUGGCUUUUCUGUGGUCUAGUUAAUCACAACGUAUCACUUCUGUAAACAGUGCAAUUAUGUGCAGUUUACUUGUGCUAUGAGUUGAAAAUUUUUAGUUGGCUUUCCUGCCAUAAAUAGACAAGCCCAAGCAUGUGCAACUGGGACCUCCUUUUCGUUUGAAGAACAACGGAGGCCGCCACUAGUUGGGCGAGUGUACAGUGCAGGGAAGCUCACUUGGGAAUUCUCAGCUUCAAAGAUUCACUUGAUUGGUAUGCAUCACACAGUAAAAAGGUGUCAUUAGGACAACUAGGAAUCCAAAGUACAUCAAGUGAAAGUUUGAUCUCAUGUAUAUGUAUCGAAUUUUAUAGGGGCUCGUACAUUUUGCACAAUCUACGAAUAUGUGAAUACAGCGUAACUAGAUUGCACUGAUCUCGUCACACUUAAAUGGGAACUCUUCGGGCUGCUGGUUGGUGGCCUGCAUGUCGAGGUAGUCUUCCCAGUACUUGCACGACUGGUCCUUGAAUUCUUCCUUCGAAUCUAUGGCAAGCUCGUUCUGGGUGCCGUUCUGGCUGCUCCGGCCGCGGUUGCUUAGGAAUAUGUAGUGAGGGUUGUCCCGCGUGUACUGUGGCCAUGGACGGCCACUCUUCAGUGUUGGCAAGUCUCUGCGCAUGCAAAUUGUACCGAUCUGGUGAACAAUUUAUGAAAUUGUCAUUAUCCGGUGGUAAAAUUGUCACAUGUGUGUGGCAGUAUUGGCGGUACAUUUUAUGAGAUUGGUCCCGCUUACGACACAGAGUUCUGGAGCCACGGUCAGAUUGCUAGUGAAUCACGAAUAAUGAAAAUUUGAGACUUUUACACUGCUUGUAUGCAAAAUAAGUACUAUAUUUACGUAUUCAUCAAGAAAAUAAAAAUGCAUUGAUGUCCU